GCUACUCGAACACAGCAUUCCCAGUGCCACAAAAAGGCGUCGCGAUGCUGUCUAGUCUCGGAUGGCACGAUGGAAAGCGGUGCGGCUGAACAGCCAUCAUCAUCGCGAAGUCCUACCACCCAGGGAUGGCACGUUUGUUGAUCCCAGGGCAACCAACGUUCACCAACCUAGAGCAACCAACUCUUCGGCUGCAGACGUUCAAUAUGGUGAGACCACUUCUUGCCAGACCCAGGAUCGAUGAGAAAAUAUUGGCCUCCCUACUCCUACAUCCUACCAGCCAGAACCCCGCCUAUUCUGUCUACACUACACAAGUCAGCCCGUAUCCAAUCCCAGUCAUCAUGCUCGCAAGGAGACGAGAUUUGCUGCAGGCCCCUCCGUAGCCACGUGAUCAAAUUCCAGAGUUUUACCAAGCUCUGUCCAAUCAGAAGCUUGGGUUUCAAGCUCUCUCGCUACCCACAUCGGUCGCAAGGAAAAUGUCAUCAUGGCGCAAGUCAAAGCUUUCCCUAGUCGAAUCCGUGAGGGGAGGAAAAAAAAAGUCGGAAGAUCGGGUGGUUCGGAUAAUCGCACCAAGACCUGGGGCAAGAUCCCCAUUUCCCUUUCACGUCCUUUGAAGUCCCGUCCAGAGGUAGUCUAGAGAUUAAGCUCUCACAGCCCUUAGUUAAUUCUAAUAGUCCCCCUCACUGUCCUCGCUCGGAACAGGAGCCACAGAGAAACAUCAAGCCUCAGCCCAUCCGCGGGAACUCCGGAUCGUCGGACGUCACCGUAACCCCGAACCGCGCCACUUACGACGACCUCGCAGCGUGUGCGGAACCGACUCGAAAUCGUCUCCUUCCGCUUUCCCCGACGUCGGCAAUAUUUGCCUGGAGGGGAUUUCCGAGUACGUUAGUCAGGCGCGCGACGGCCGAGCUCUGUCCUGCUUGAACGAGUCGCGAAAGAAAGAAUCGACCGUCACACACCCGGCCUCGGAAUAGAUUCCUGAACACAGAGUCUGGGCCCCAAUCUCAACCAGCAGCCAUCCCCCGGCGGACGAUGCUGGCCUUCCGGGUCACUAGCCGGGCCGCUGGCCGAACCGCGGGCCUGGUCCCGAACUUGGCGAUACAGGACUUGUGUCGCCAAGCUUGGAGGAAAACAAACACGGCCGGGAGCUUGCGCUCGAUCCGCACACACGCCCAAGCCCCCAGUACGAAUCUCGUGGGCCUCUGGCAACGAUUACAAGCAUCCGCCAUGCCACUGGCAAGGGGCCUGAGGGGAACGCUACAGCGGCGGGUGGCCAGCAAGAUGGCCGCGCCCAGCCGGGGGUUCCAUGGGUCGAGGCCGCGGAGAACGGGCAGGAGCUCUCCGAUCCCCGAGGUUCCUGAAGAGUCGCUGUCUCUGAGCCAGCGGAUGAAGAAGCUCUCGCGCGAGUACGGCUGGGCUACGGUCGGUAUCUACUUUGCGCUAUCCGUGCUCGACUUCCCAUUCUGCUUCCUGCUUGUCCGCGUCGUCGGGACAGACCGGAUUGCCGAGAUCGAACACGUCGUCGUCUCGAACGUGUCUCAGCUGAUCCCGACCCGCGUCCAGGAGCUCUGGAAUGAGUGGCGGGCCAGCCGGGCGGCCGGCAAGGAAUCGUCGUCCGAGGGCAGCCGGGCGGUGGCCAUCGAAGGCGACAACUGGGGCGUCAAGGAAGCCCAGCAGAACUACAAGAUGGAAGCCAGUCUCGCCACCCAACUCGCGCUAGCCUACGCCGUGCACAAGAGCUUCAUAUUCAUCCGGGUGCCCCUGACGGCUGCCAUCACGCCUCGCGUAGUCAAAGUUCUAAGAUCUUGGGGAUGGGAGAUCGGCAAGCGACGACCCAAGGCAUAAUCUUUGUAAUCCUCCCUGCAUUAUACAUCAGUCUCAUCACAUCUCCUCCCACAAUCCAAGCGCCUUGGAAUGCACACUAGGUAAAAAGAAGAGUGAGAAGAAGCAAGAAGAGAUGGGAGACUCGCCACGUAGACCGGUACGAGGUUCCUCAUCCAAGAGCAUGCAUGGCUAGAUGAAAGCGCCGUUUGAGA